UAUCAACACUCCAGCUACACAGACGGCAGUGAAAGAGAAACUUGAAACUUAACUUGAAACAGAUCUAGAUCUAGAUCUAGAUCUACAAGUCAUGUCGUACAAUAUUUUUAUAUAUUCUCGUUGUGCCUUUCCAGUAUUGACUUAAUUUAUUCUACAAUGAAUGCGCUUACUAAUAUAUCGUUGGUGGAAGCUAAAAUGAAUACGGAUAAAAUAUUUAGAAAGGGCUCUGAUCCCCUGACACAAACAGCCAGAGGCAAACUACAAAAUCAGCGCCAGAAACUUAAUGAGAAAAUUAACAAAGAGCUGAGGAUGCGGGCAGGAGCAGAGAACCUUUACAAAGCUGCCGAGAAUAACAAGAAGCUGCGCGACAGGGUGGCCCUGGAGUUGUCCUACUUUAACUCAAACAUACAGCUGUUGAAGGAACAGCUGUCAGACAUGAACAGUUCUGUUGAGGUCUACCAACAUGAAAACUCUUCCAGCAAUACACCUUUGAUACCUCUAGGGUUGAAAGAGACAACACGAAUUGAUUUUUCUAUGGCAUUUAAAGAUGAAAUAUUGGAGCAUUACAGCGAAGAUGGAAAUAAAUACAGUAAAGAAAUACAAGAACUUUGUGAUUUAAGGGAGGCUGUGCGUACACCUGAAAGAAGCCAUGCUGGUGUGGAACUUUUAAUGGAAUAUUUUAACCAGCUCAGCUACUUAGAGAAGCGCUUUUUCUCUGGUAAACGCAACUUACCUUUGUACUUUCAUUGGUAUGAUUGUUUAACAGGUAUACCUGAUACACAAAAGUCCAUUGGAUUUGAAAAGGGGAGCAUCUUGUAUAAUAUUGGAGCAUUGUACACACAGAUAGCUUGUAAACAGGAUAGAACAAUAAAAGAAGGAUUAGUACAGGCCAUUGUAAACUUUGAGAAGGCAGCUGGAGCAUUCAAGUACUUAGAAAACAGAUUUAGUUCAGCUCCCAGUCAGGACAUGCAGCCAGAUACAUUGGCCAUGUUGGGCUCCUUAAUGCUGGCUCAGGCCCAAGAAUGUGUGUUAGAAGACAGACUAAUUAGUGGAUCCAAGGAUGGGGUGUAUAACUGUACUCAAAUAGCUCACGAGUCAGCUAUGGUGUCACAGAAGUAUAAGGACACACAUAGCAAAAUGUGCACUGAACCAAUUAAGAGUUACUUGCCUUUCUCAUGGCUUUCAAUGGCAGAAACAAAGUAUCAUUUCUAUAGAGGAUUAGCUCACUACUAUGUGGCCUUAGCUCUGUUAGAGCAGAAAGAUAGUUCUGACAUGUCAUCACUGAAGCUGAUGUUUGAGGCUAUACAUUCAGAAGUUGAACCCAGGGAUGAAAAUAAUGGUCUCAAGCUUCCUGCAACUGAAGAAGAGCGCAAGAAUUUAGGGCGGGCACAUUUACGUGAAUCUGUGGUGAAUCAUGAAGAAUCAAUCAGAAUACACAACUUGUGCAAACAGUUGCGUAAAAUUGAUACAUUCAGAGAUAUUCUGCAGAAGACACAUGAAAGGGCCUUAAACAGGUUCUCUGCUCUUGAAGAAGAAGAUGACUUCUCAGAAAUGCUCACAGUUACAGAAAUAGUGAGCAAGUCAGAACACAACUCACUUGCUGUAGGGCUAGACUUUUCCAAAGUUAAAGUUGUAGAUAUCUUUAAAAAGCUGGGUCCAAUAACUGUGUUCAAUGCUGCUAAUGAUUGGUCUGCUCCAAGAACUGUUGUUUUGGAAAGAAAACCCAGUGAAGGAUUUGGUUUUAGUGUCAGAGGUGACUCACCAGUCAUUAUAGCAGACAUGGAGGAGGAUUCAGUAGCUGCUAAAUCUGGCAUGAAGGUCAAGGACUACAUUGUGGCCAUUGGUGAAGUUGAUACAAAAUGGGCAAAGCACGAUGAAGUUGUAACUCUGGUUAGACAUGCAAACCUUUCACUGACCCUGACCUUGGUGACCCCUGUACCCAAAACCGAAACUUUAACUCAGAGACCUUUUUCCACCAUCAGUCUUCCAGCCUCACCCUUGAAGACUCAGCAUCAGAAUCACAAUGCAGCAACAGAACGUGAAAGAAAAGCCCAGAGCAGGAUUAGUGCCCCCUGGAUGUUUGUGAGGAGAAACUCAAACAAAGAAAAAAAUGGUGAGAGGCCAGCAUCUAUAGCUGUCCCUAUGACAAAUGGCAACACCAAGUCUGUCAGUAAUGGUAACAUGAAAACCAUAGCAAAUGGAGGAGAUGUGGAAUUAUAGACGUCAAAAACUUCACUGACACUAUCAGUAAGUUAAAGACUUGCUAAGAGCAUUAAAUUUAGAGCUGGCCAAAGGAUGAAAGUUAAUUGUUUAAAAUAACCUGCUGAGUAAUAAUACUGAAAGUUGGUCACAUCUUUCAAAUUUCCAACAAUCAGAUGGUCAUCUGAACUUAAUUGUCUUUAUCACUAUUGUUUUAGAUAGUCUUCAUACUGUCUUGAGUAUAACCUUCAUCGAUUGGGUCACAUUUUUAUUUUAUAUAUUUAUACCAGUCAAAACAAAUACACCUGCAUUUUGAGAAGCAAAUCAAGAAAAAUUAUAUAACUUUUGUAACCAUUUGUUAAUACUUUUUGUUCAGUUACUGUUUACAAGUAAUUACUGUAAAGGGGAAAAGUAAUACUAUAAACAGGUAGUGUUAUUAUCUUCACAAAUGUGUAUUUAUGACUGUUUUUACUAAAAAAAAACUGCACAUCUGACAUUUCCAAUCAGUUAAUCAAUUUAAAAAUAGAUGUUUUUAUGUGCAGGGUAUAGCAUUCCAUGAGUUAACUGAGAGCUAUGGUCUUGAGGUAGUCAGGUUGUGAUUUUAUGAUUUAACAUACAUGCUAAACUUCAUUUAGUUAACAUUUUUCCGGUGAAGGUUUUU